UGGGACUCUUGAAUCUGCGUCUUACCAGGGAAGAACAAGACUGCAAACAGAUUACAUGUGAAUGUGUAAAAUUUUAUCUGCGGCUAUCAAAAACAGCCAGGAGAGACCAGUCGCGUAAUGCAUCUUUGUCAGCGAUGCGUGUUUGUAUUUCGGUGCGGGCGAAUAUCUGCAGCUGUUCAGCAGUCCACACGCAUUCUACAUCAGCGUUCACAUGAUACCAGAAGCACAGCAGCAAUGCUUCAGCCCAGCCACAAACAGCUGCCUGUCCACAAUCUCUCACAGAAAUACAACAGAGAGACUUGGAGACCGUGUGGAAUGCACCUGCGUGCUUUAUCAUCAAGUGUUCAAAAUAACAGCAGUCAUCUUACACAAAAAAAGGAUGAAAAUCAUUGCGUUACAUAUGACAGUUCUGACUUGCAUCAAGAAUCAAGCCAAGCGUCUCUUUCUAAUACUCAUAAUAUUGGUUUGGACGCAGGUGUUCGCCCUUCUCCAUUUCAGGAAAUUUGUGAGGAAGAAGCUGUACGGAUCCAAGUACCUUCAGCCCUCCCUCCGGUCUCUUUUACACUCAGACCUUAUGUGGAUAAAUCGGAAACACUAAGCAAACUGGUUCAGCUUGGUGUGGAACUUUGGAAGCUAGAGCAAAGACCCAAUGUGGGCUCUAUGCUGGUUAAGCUAGACUUCCAUGCUGAUGUUGCACCCAGACUACUUUUCCUUAAAGAUCUGGGAGUUGAAGAGCCUAAACUGGGCUCACUGCUCACCAAGAACCCCUUCAUCCUUACAGAAAGUUUGGAAAACCUUGAAGCCAGGGUGGCUUAUUUGAGGUCAAAGAAGUUCAGUGCACAGUCUGUGGCUGCCAUGGUGAGCAAAGCUCCAUACUUGCUUAACUUCAGUGUAAAGAGACUGGACAAUCGCCUUGGAUUCUUUCAGCAGCAGUUGGGUCUUAGUUCUGAGAAGACUCAAAAUCUUGUGAUUCGUUUACCGAAACUACUGUGUGGCAGUUUGGAGCCAGUUAAGGAGAAUCUAAAGGUUUGUGAACUGGAGUUUGGAUUUCGUGAAAAUGAAAUAAGACACAUUGUCACAACAGUUCCUAAAGUUCUGCUUGCUAAUAAAAGAAAACUUACCGAAAUAUUUGACUUUGUUCACAAUACCAUGGGCAUUCCACACUCUCUUAUUGCUAAGUUCCCACAGGUCCUUAAUGCCAAGUUUCUUCGCAUCAGGGAGCGUCACUUGUUUCUAGAGUAUUUAAGCAGAGCCCAGUACCAGCCAUCUCAGCCCAGUUACAUCUCUUUGGAUCGUUUGGUUUUUCUGCCAGAUGAGAUUUUUUGCUCUGAUGUGGCGUUGGCCUCUCUGGAAGAUUUUGAACAGUUUCAGAAAACUUUGUAAAUGGAUCUCAUAAAUGUAAAAUUAAACUGGUUGUUGUUUUGUAUAAGAUUGACAUACAAAUGGUUUAAAUGUAAAAAAUAAACAAAACUUGUAUUUGUGUGCUCCUUUGUAUAAUAGAUAUGCCACACAUGUAAUGUAAUUGAACACAUUGCAAAUACGGAUGACAAGUCCUGUCUGACCUCAAAAUAAAAUAAUGCAUAUCUUCUUGUCUGUUUUGACAA